CCACCCACCUCUCCUCUCGUCUCUUCUCUCCCACCGACCUCUCUCACUUUGCCUCCCUGGAUCCUGGCUCCCGCCUGCCUCUCUACCUGCUCGUCCUGUUCUGGUGUCUGCCUGCCUGCCUGUCUGCUCCUCCCUGACUGGCUGGCAGCCUCGUUCUCUGGUUGUCUGUCUGCUCUCCUGGCUGUUUGCCCACCGCUCUCUCUCCAGCCAUCUGUCUCCCCGCCUGCCUGUCUCUGUCACUUUUUUAGCCUUCGUCUCUUGGUUUGUCUACCUUCCAGGCCCUGCCAUGCCUCCCUAUCUGGGUUUGCCUCUUAUCUUUCUCCUCUCCGUGUUCCUCCCCUUGUGUAUGCCUAGUAAGUCCGCAAUUUUCUGCUCGCCUCCCCGAGCGUCCGUCUGCUCGCCGGUCCGCCCAGCCUGCUCUGCUGCUGCUGGCCGCCCCCCUGCCCCAUCCAGUGCUCGCCUCCUUUUCCUCCGGCUGCACCUCCACUUGGGCUCCACGGAGGUGGCCUCACUACCCCAAAGCUGUCAGCCACUCCCUUGCCCUGACAUCUCUGGGCCUUCCUGUCGCACCGCCCGCCUUGCCUUUCCCUACUGCUGGCCUUCACUCGAGGCGGGCCUGCUUCUGCUGUGUCUUAUCUCUGGCCUCUGCGAUGCUCAGGCCACAUCUCCGGCCACAUUGGGUCUACAUCUCCACCUGCCUUUCUUCUCUCGUCGUCUUGGUGCAUCCCUCCACCCCGUGCCCCUCCCCGCCAGUCCCCUGCCCCUGUCCCUGAGGCAGCCGCCACUUCGUGCUUAUUGGACGUCGUGCCAGACGAGGGUCUCCGAGGAUCUCAGUCUCCCCACCUCCCCGCCAUUUGCUGCCCUUCUUUCUCCUCCUCUCCCAGUCCUGCCCGAUGCUUCUUUCUCCGUCCCUUUGUCACUGGGCCUGCCGGUUCUUGUCCCAUCUUUUCGCUUCUACUCUAGGGCACCUGUCUUCCUGGCUGACCGGCUGCUCGUGGCUUGCUCAUGCUGCCGGGACCUGGGGCGCACCUGUCCCUCCCAGGGGCUUCUCCUCUGUGUAGGGAACUGCCUGCAGAGAACCAAGCGCCAUCAGUCCCCUCACGGCCCAGCCAUGCAUCAGCUGAGACAGGACGUGGGGGCCCCCGAGGACCUGAAAAGUACCAUGUCCAUCCGUCAGGUGUGGUUACUAAGGGAGCCCACGGGCCCAGCUCGUGUGCAUGCAGAGUGCGGGCCUGCCCUGCCUCCCUGGCACGUCUGUGUGCACGUGGCGUGUACAGCCUUCACAGGCCUCUGACUCUCCACCCCUGGGCCCGGGCAACGAGCACGGCCUCCUCCCGAUCUGAAACACCGCUUCCUCCUACAACUUUUCUCCCUCUGCCUCCUUCCGGCGGGCACCUUGGGGAUGGGGAGGCUCAGUCCUUGGGGGGAACAAAGACACAGCCUCUGUGCGGGUCUCUCCAGGGGGACGACAAGGAAACUUCUGCACAGGACGCACUGCUCUUUCCCUGCCCGCGUUCCUGAACCGCACUGUGGCAGCCCCGGCCUCUGGGCCUCUGGCCCCUUUCCCGCCCGCCCUUUCUCACUUCUCUUUUCUCGGUUCUGUCUUUCCCCUCAACUGUCUGUCUUGGGCUGCAUUCGAGCGUCCCUCUGAUUGGCCACCUUCCCCCUCUUCUGUCUGAUUGGCCUGCAUCCCUCCAUCACCCCAUCUGUCUGCUGGAUUCUCCCUGUCUGCCUGCAGUAAUGGAU